AUGAGCUAUCGGGGCUUCUCACCUCUGUCACCGCCUCCCCGCCAACAUUUUUCUACGCCUGGUCUGCAGUUCUCAACGCCCGUGGCCAAGAGCCCUCUGGCACGCUCGUGGACCGAGGAUGACCUUACCGCAUCUGCUCAUUCAAACGACAACACGAACGAGAACACCCGAGACACGCUUGGCCUCAUCCAGCGACUCAACGACUUGACGCAAAAGCUGCUUGCGGGUGAAGAUGUCCCUGACACCAAUAUUAGCGCCAUGCACGGAAAGCUCGAUGAAAUAGAGUCAGUUCUAGCGGGAGAGCCGCCUCAAGCUACGCCUCAAAACAAGCCAAAAACGUGGCCCAUGGACUCUCAGAGUGUCGAUCACGAAUCCUUAUGGACCUCACCCUCGCCCUCAUGGUUUCGAUCCGGCCUCUCGGAAAUCUCACCCUCAUUCCGGAGCUCCUUCAGACGGGACACGCCCUCACCGGAACCUACCGUUGAGAAGAAGCCUGCCGUCGAUACUUUCCGCAUCGCAUCUGAAGCAGCAAAGCUCAAUUCCGAACUGGAAACCCUCGUCACAAAUCUCAAGGCCCGGCAGGAGGAAUCAGAGAACGCGCAGCACAAAGGAUCAUUUUCCUCCAAGGACGAGGAGGAAGAACUCCAAGAAAACGACUCCGAACUCACCUACCUCCGCCUCGGCCUCAAGGCCAUAGAAGUGCAGUGUCCAACCGACGUUGAUCCCGAUCUCGCCCAGAGCAUUCAGAACUGGAAGGCUGACUGGUCCGACCUCAAACGGAAACGCUCCAAGCACAAGAGUUUCGACCGCUCCGCUUACAGCACCCCCGUGGGCACGCCGUUGCGGCGAUGA